UCUGUCUAUCCUCUCUGGUCUCUUCCUCUGCUGGCCUGCCUGACUGCCUGAGUUGCCAACUGAGCCAGUUAGUCUGACGGUUCCUAACCCAUUUCAUUCAAAAGAAAGAAAAACUACUUCAGAAUGUCUUACAGGACCACAUCCACCUCCUACAGGAGCUCUUCUGCCCCAAGGAACUUCAGCAGCAGCUCCUAUGCUGGACCAGGCAGCACGAACGCCCGCAAGAGCUUCACAGUGAUGAGCUCUUAUGGAGGUGGUGCCGGCAGCAGGGGCUUCGGGGGAGCUGGCAUCACCAGCAGCUCUGCCUACAGCGUCAGCUCACAGAUGGGUGGUGCAGGAGGCAAAGGUAUGGGAAUGGGUAUGGGAAUGGGUAUGGGUAUGGGUAUGGGCUUUGGAGGAGCUGGAAUUGCCCAGGCCCCCAUCACCGCCGUGACAGUCAACAAGAGUCUGCUGGCCCCCCUCAACCUUGAGAUUGACCCCACGAUCCAAGUUGUGCGCACCCAGGAGAAAGAGCAGAUCAAGAGCCUCAACAACCGCUUUGCUUCCUUCAUUGACAAGGUCCGCUUCCUGGAGCAGCAGAACAAAAUGUUGGAGACCAAAUGGAACCUGCUGCAGGGCCAGACCACCACCCGCUCCAACAUCGACGCCAUGUUCGAGGCCUACAUCACCAACCUGCGCAGACAGCUGGACAGCCUGGGCAACGACAAGGUCAAGCUGGAGGCUGACCUGCACAACAUGCAGGGCCUGGUGGAGGACUUCAAGAACAAGUAUGAAGAUGAAAUCAACAAGCGCACAGAGUGUGAGAACGACUUUGUCCUCAUCAAGAAGGAUGUGGAUGAGGCCUACAUGAACAAGGUUGAGCUGGAGGCCAAGCUGGAAAGUCUGACAGACGAGAUCAACUUCCUCAGGUCGAUCUAUGAGGAGGAACUGCGUGAGCUCCAAACCCAGAUCAAGGACACUUCAGUCAUUGUGGAAAUGGACAACAGCCGUAGCCUGGACAUGGACUCCAUUGUGGCUGAAGUCAAGGCACAGUAUGAGGACAUCGCCAACCGCACCCGUGCAGAGGCCGAGACGUGGUACAAGACAAAGUAUGAGGAGAUGCAGACAUCUGCCAGCAGAUAUGGAGAUGACUUGAGAGCCACCAGAACAGAAAUCGCAGACCUCAACCGCAUGAUCCAGAGGCUGACAUCAGAGAUUGAUGCCAUCAAGGGACAGCGGGCUAACCUGGAGGCUCAGAUCGCUGAGGCUGAGGAGCGUGGCGAGCUGGCAGUGAAGGACGCCAAGUCUCGCAUCAAGGAGCUGGAAGAUGCCCUGCAGAGAGCCAAACAGGACAUGGCCCGCCAGAUCAGAGAGUACCAGGACCUGAUGAACGUCAAGCUGGCUCUCGACAUCGAGAUUGCCACCUACAGGAAACUGCUGGAAGGAGAGGAGGACCGGCUGGCAAGCGGCAUCAAGGCAAUCAACAUUUCCCAACAGAGCACAAGUUACAGCGGCUUCCCCAUGGACAGUAUGAAGAGCAGCUACUCGAGCAACUACUCCAGCGGUUUCGGCAGCGGCUCCGGCGGUUACGGCAGCAGCUCCGGCGGUUACGCAGGCGGUUACGGCAGCAGCUCAGGCAGUUACGCCGGCGGUUACGGCAGCGGCUUCAGCAGCGGCAGUGGCGCCGGAGGCUACAGCACCACCCAGAGCAAGAAGAACGUCGUCAUCAAGAUGAUUGAGACCAAGGAUGGAAGAGUGGUGUCCGAGUCCUCCGAAGUCAUUGAGGAUUGAAGCGUCUAGUGUAGAAGUGCAGCUACCUGUCUGCUACGAGCUCCUCUUCCUCUCUGGUAGUCUUAUACUCACAGCUCACAUGACCUCAACUAUCGUAAUAAACAAGUCUGAAGUAAAAAUGCCUUCCAACCACGCUCUGACAGAGCACAAACAUGUUUUCCAUAAAGCAAUAAAUGACACUAACACUACCAAAGAUCUGAACGGGACCAAAGAACUUACUCUGUAUGUCUAAUGUCUGAUGGUUUGUACUAAAAGAAGUAGUUUUGCAUCAAAAAGUGAAUUUAAAAGUGCUUAAAUUGCAACUAGAAAGGAAAAAAGGUCAUAGCACACUCCCAUGAAGUCUAUGCAACUUUUAAUCCAUAUGAAGGGUCGUUGUGUUGAAUUAAAUGGACAGAGCCCAUGUAAAAAGGAAUGUGAAUGUAGUGAAACUGAGCUCCAGUGUUGUUGGACAACUAAUGUUCUAAACUAGCCUGCUACAGUAGGUAGUGAUUUCCCUGUGCGUGUCCUUUUAACUUUAAUUGUUUAACCCCUUAGGAAGCUGCCCACAUGUCACACAUUUGUCCUGAGGUGCUGUUUUUGCUACCAAACUGAAUAAAAAUGUGUUUACUGAGUAAAA